UGCGGGGUCCCGGGGGAGAGCGAUAUAGUGAAUGCGGGGUCCGGAGGGAGAGCGGAUAUAGUGAAUGCGGGGUCCGGGAGAGCGGAUAUAGUGAAUGCGGGAGAGGAUAUAGUAGUGAAUGCGGGGUCCGGGGAGAGCGGAUAUAGUGAAUGGGGUCCGGGGAGAGCGGAUAUAGUGAAUGCGGGGUCCGGGGAGAGCGGAUAUAGUGAAUGCAGGGGGUCCGGGGAGAGCGGAUAUAGUGAAUGCGGGGUCCGGGGAGAGCGGAUGGAUAGUGUGAAUGCGGGGUCCGGGGAGAGCGGAUAUAGUGAAUGUGCGAGGGUCCGGGGGAGAGCGGAUAUAGUGAAUGCGGGGGGAGAGCGGAUACGGUGAAUGCCGGGGUCCGGGGAGA